AAAAAAAAAAAGAGGCCGAGAGGAGCUUGGGAACGGUUGCUAGGGGUGGGUAAUGGGUGAAAAAAGGGGGGGGUACCGGGGAGCGGAUAAGGAGGGUUAAGGGAGGGGGCGAGGGUGGGGAGCAACGCAAAAGGUAAGGCCAGGUUACCGCGGCUCGGCCCCGAGUGGGCUGCGGCCGGGGGAGGGGCGAGAGAUACAUAUGUAUUUCUGUCUCCCCAGCACACCCCCUUCCCUCUAAGCGAUGGCUGAGAGGCGGUGCAUGCAGAUGGGGAGUAAGUUUCCUGAAGGGGAGGGUGGAUGCACGCGCGCAGCCCGGCGCUGCAAAUUUCCACCCGGGAGGGAGAGUGGCUGGAUGCGGAGAGUUUGGAGUUGCUUGCGGCGGAGGGCAGGAAGGGGAGCAGGGCUGGGAAAGGGGGCUGGCGGGCGCUAUAUCUGGGAGUAAGUUUCCAGGAUCAGGAGAGCCUGCACGCUUGUUCACUACUCUGCUCGCCCCCCAUCUCAUCCCCCAAACGGAGACCGGUCUUCUUGUCGGAUUGCCCAUGCACUUGUUGCAGAAACAGCCAAGGCCCUGGCUGUGGAGGAUGCUGAAGGAAGAGGACACAGAAGCAGGACGACCCUGAAAGAUUCAGCCUCUUAAUCCUGAAACAGAACCAGGUCUCCUCCUCCCACCUGCCGAGCAGCAUGAGAGCAGCAUGACUGGGCGGCCGCAGGAGACGCCCCCAGAGCCAGGCCCCCAACUCAGCCAUCUGCUGCGGAGUUCAAGGUGUGAGCGGCCUCUCCUCACAACAGCGGUGUUUGGUCCAGACCUCCGCCCGGGUGAGGAUGUAAAAGCCCCUGCUCUGCACGUGACUGGUACAGGCCAACGGGAACACCUGGCUCCAGCCACGUUCACAGACAUGUCAGCCGUGGAGUAGUGCAGACACUUCCUCUCAGCUUCUCAGGGUCUCAGUCCUUUUGGGUUUAUUUCAUUUACCUUUUUUUAUGGUUUUGUGGCUGGACGUUCACGACUGAAGCAGACACCAUGGGGGAUCAGCAGCUGUACAAGACCAACCACGUGGCCCACGGUGGUGAGAACCUUUUCUACCAACAGCCACCACUCGGCAUCCAUGGUGGGCUGAACCACAACUAUGGGAACACAGUCACGGGGGCUGGAAUAGAGGCCCCUCAGGCCUCGCCCAUCUCCCCCCACUUCCCUCAAGACACGCGGGAUGGUCUGGGCUUGCCUGUUGGCUCCAAAAACCUUGGCCAAAUGGAUACCUCGAGGCAGGGAGGCUGGGGAGGCCAUGCAGGGCCUGGAAACCAUCUCCAGCUCCGUGGCAACCUGGCCAACUCAAAUAUGAUGUGGGGGGCACCAGCCCAGGCUGAGCCCACCGAUGGCUACCAAUAUACUUAUUCCCAGGCCAGUGAGAUCCGGACCCAGAAGCUUACUAGUGGUGUCUUACACAAGCUGGACUCUUUUACCCAGGUCUUUGCCAACCAAAACCUGCGAAUUCAGGUCAACAAUAUGGCCCAGGUGCUGCACACCCAGUCAGCAGUGAUGGACGGAGCCCCUGACAGUGCCCUCCGCCAGCUGCUGUCUCAGAAGCCCAUGGAGCCCCCAGCACCGGCUAUACCUUCCCGCUACCAACAGGUGCCCCAGCAGCCUCACCCUGGUUUCACUGGUGGGCUGUCCAAACCAGCUAUUCAGGUCGGGCAGCACCCUACCCAGGGCCACCUGUAUUAUGACUACCAGCAGUCACUGGCUCAGGUGCCAGUGCAGGGAGGACAGCCACUGCAGGCCCCACAGAUGCUGUCACAGCACAUGCAACAGAUGCAGCAGCACCAGUAUUACCCGCAGCAGCAACAGCAGCAAGCUGGGCAGCAGCGUAUCUCCAUGCAAGAAAUACAGCAGCAGCAGCAACAGAUGCGCCCACCACAGCCGCAGCAGCAGCAGCAGCAGCAGCUCCAGCUGCAGCAGCGGCAGAGUUCAAUGCAGAUACCUCAGUAUUACCAGUCCCAGCCCAUGAUGCAGCAUUUGCAAGAGCAGCAGCAGCAACAGAUGCACCUGCAGCCCCCUUCCUAUCACAGGGACCCGCACCAGUACACCCCGGAGCAGGCGCACGCCAUGCAGCUGAUUCAGCUGGGCUCCAUGCCCCAGUACUACUACCAGGAGCCCCAGCAGCCCUACAGCCACCCCCUCUACCAGCAGAGCCACCUGCCCCAGCACCAGCAGCGUGACGACAGUCAGCUAAAGUCUUAUUCGAGCGACAGGCAGGCCCAGGCUAUGCCAAGCUCCCACGGGGACCUGGGGCCUCCUGAUACAGGAAUGGGAGAGUCAGCAAGCUCGGACCUGACCCGGGUCAGCAGUGCCCUCCCUCAUCGACCGCUCCUGUCCCCCAGUGGAGUCCACCUCAACAACAUGGGGCCUCAGCAUGAGCAGCUGUCCCCCAGCGCCGUGUGGCCCCAGAUGCACCUACCUGAUGGGAGAGCCCAGCCAGGGUCCCCUGAGUCAAGUGGCCAAGCCAAAGGAGUGUUUGGGGAGCAGUUUGAUGCCAAGAACAAGCUGACGUGCUCCAUCUGCCUGAAGGAGUUCAAGAACCUGCCUGCCCUGAAUGGCCACAUGAGGUCCCACGGAGGAAUGAGGGCCUCCCCCAGCCUCAAACAGGAGGAAGGAGAGAAGGUCCCGCCGCCUCCGCCCCAGCCGCCACUGCCGCCUCCGCCCCAGCCGCCACCGCAGCUUCCUCCCGAGGCAGAAAGCCUCACGCCUAUGGUCAUGCCCGUGUCUGUCCCUGUCAAGCUUCUCCCACCCAAGCCCAGCUCUCAGGGCUUCACCAACAGCGCCGUUGCCGCCCCCUCCGCCAGAGACAAGCCAGCCAGCUCGAUGUCGGACGACGAGAUGCCUGUGCUCGAAGUCCCCAGGAAGCAUCAGCCGGGCGCGCCCAAAGCCGAGGAGCCCCUCAAGACCGUGCAGGAGAAGAAAAAGUUCCGGCACCGGCCCGAGCCGCUCUUCAUCCCGCCGCCGCCCUCCUACAACCCGAACCCCGCCGCCUCCUACUCGGGCGCCACCCUCUACCAGAGCCAGCUGCGCUCCCCGCGCGUCCUGGGGGACCACCUGCUCCUGGACCCCGCCCACGAGCUGCCCCCCUACACGCCCCCGCCCAUGCUGAGCCCGGUGCGCCAGGGCUCGGGGCUCUUCAGCAACGUCCUCAUCUCCGGGCACGGCCCUGGCGCCCACCCCCAGCUGCCCCUGACGCCCCUGACGCCCACCCCGCGCGUGCUGCUGUGCCGCUCCAAUAGCAUUGAUGGCAGCAAUGUGACAGUCACCCCAGGGCCUGGAGAGCAGACCGUGGAUGUUGAACCACGCAUCAACAUUGGCUUGAGAUUCCAAGCAGAGAUCCCAGAACUCCAGGAUGUCUCUGCCCUUGCCCAGGACACACACAAGGCCACAUUAGUAUGGAAGCCCUGGCCAGAGCUGGAAAACCACGACCUCCAGCAAAGAGUGGAGAAUCUUCUGAAUUUGUGCUGUUCAAGUGCGUUGCCAGGUGGAGGGACCAAUUCUGAAUUUGCUUUGCACUCUCUUUUCGAGGCCAAAGGUGAUGUGAUGGCUGCUCUGGAAAUGCUGCUGCUGCGGAAGCCAGUCAGGUUAAAAUGCCAUCCUUUAGCAAAUUACCACUAUGCCGGUUCCGACAAGUGGACCUCCCUAGAAAGAAAACUGUUUAAUAAAGCACUAGCCACUUACAGCAAAGACUUUAUUUUUGUACAAAAGAUGGUGAAGUCAAAGACGGUGGCUCAGUGCGUGGAGUACUACUACACGUGGAAAAAAAUAAUGCGGUUAGGGCGGAAACACCGGACACGCUUGGCAGAAAUCAUCGACGAUUGCGUGACAAGUGAAGAAGAAGAAGAGUUAGAGGAGGAAGAGGAGGACCUGGAAGAAGAUAGGAAAUCCACAAAAGAAGAGGAGAGUGAGGUGCCGAAGUCCCCGGAGCCGCCGCCAGUCCCUGUCCUGGCUCCCACAGAGGGGCCCCCCCUGCAGGCCCUCGGCCAGCCCUCAGGCUCCUUCAUCUGUGAAAUGCCCAACUGUGGGGCUGUGUUCAGCUCCCGACAGGCACUGAACGGCCACGCCCGCAUCCACGGGGGCACCAACCAGGUGACCAAAUCCCGAGGUGCCAUCCCCUCUGGGAAGCAGAAGCCCGGCGGGGCCCAGAGCGGGUACUGCUCAGUGAAGAGCUCGCCCUCUCACAGCACCACCAGCGGCGAAACGGACCCCACCACCAUCUUCCCCUGCAAGGAGUGUGGCAAGGUCUUCUUCAAGAUCAAAAGCCGAAAUGCACACAUGAAAACUCACAGGCAGCAGGAGGAACAGCAGAGGCAAAAGGCUCAGAAAGCAGCUUUUGCGGCUGAGAUGGCAGCCACGAUCGAGAGGACUACGGGGCCGGUGGGGGCGCAGGGGCUGCUGCCCCUGGACCAGCUGGGUCUGAUCAAACCCAUCAAGGAUGUGGACAUCCUCGAUGACGACGUUGUCCAGCAGUUAGGAGGCGUCAUGGAAGAGGCCGAAGUCGUGGACACUGAUCUUCUCUUGGAUGAUCAAGAUUCAGUUUUGCUUCAGGGUGACACGGAACUAUAAAGCCCUGCUUGUCACUUAGAGACAGUGAAAACCCAUGGCCUCUGUCUUCACCAAUCAGGAAACCUGGACUGCCUGCUUGUUUUGUAACCCUUUUAAACUACCUGUUUAAAAAGUGGUCGUUUUAUUCAGGUUUAGGAAAAAAAAAAUCCCUCUUCUGUUCCUUUUAUUUAAAGAAAAAUUGUUUUUGUGGGGGUUGGGGGGAAUAAAUAAUUGGCACAAUGGUCUUUAAGAGGUGUUUCAUCUGGGCUACAUUCUCACAAAAUCCUCCCCAGCAGGGAAUGACCGGACAUCCAUGUUCCAUUGCUUUCAGAAGUCAGCCGUCAUGGUUGCCUUUUAUCCCAAAGCUCGCUGUGAGUGUGUGUGUGCAGCAGGCUGCCUUCUCGUGUGGGGGCCCUGGGCCAUCUUUUCCCACCAAGAGUUAUUUUUAUUCUGUUCUGACCUCAUUCUGUAGUUUGCAGUGAGCUUGGCAUCUUUGCCAGGAGACUUGAUGCUAAGGGGUAGCUUUCCAGGGGCAAAGCUAAUCUUGUGUUUCACAUACGUCAUGUGAGGGGUUGACCAAGUGUGAAAAUAGGUUUCCCCCGCGUUGCCUGUCACUCUUUUGCAGGAAUGGAGUACUGUAUAAUUUUAGGCUUUCACUCCCAGCAGUGAUUUACCAAGAACCUGGUUAAUAGAGCAAUGUUCCUCUUGCAUGUUCCCUGGGGACUGGUCAGCUCCGAGGAGUGGGUGGCAGAGCUGUGUUUCAGCGUGAACUGACUAGAGACCUAUCUGGAGGCAAACACCCCAAUGAUGAAGUUGCCAGGAGGACUGCUUUCGGUUUAGGGUGGCUGAAGGGCUCACGCUGAAGUACCUGGAAUGCCAGGACGUGUUCUUUUGCCCAAAAAGGUAGAUCAGAAGAGGCUAUUCUUUCUUGCAACACCAUUAAUGGUUAGUGGAGUUCUGAAAUUACUUUGUGCCACUUGGAAAUACUGUGAAACCUUAUUCACUUGGAUUUUGCUGUAAUUCACAUCAGCUGGACUGAAGUUUACCUUGACACUAGCCAUGAGAGUUUUCUAACACAUAUAAUAGCAAAUACAAGAGAAAAAGCAUCGAAGACCAACGAAAAUGGUGUCAGGUACACUUUAGCUACAAUGUUAGCGUUCAGACAACGAAUGCAUUCAUUACAAGUCACUUACCAAAGCACCUCUAGACUUCUCCAAACCACAUGACUCUGCUCUGCCUCCUCCUGUCCCUGUCAGCAGGGUUGCUGUUUGUACUUGAAGGCAAUAAACCUGUAAUCCUUCAAAAAUGUCGUUUAGCCCAGACUUUUGAGCUGAAUCAGACUGACCCAUCCCACUUUUCUGGCAAAAGUCAGACUGAGACUCAGGCCCAGCACAGAGAGGAUCCUGCUCACGGCUCCCCCUUCAGUGUUAAUGCUGUGUGACUUCAGAGCAGGUGUUUUGAGGCCUCAUCCCACCCCAGGUGGCUGGUUCCCAGCUCCAUGUAAGUGUGGCUGUCGUGCUAGGCCACUCUGCUGGAACAUUAAUAGCUUGACAUUAGAAUAUCAGUGGAAUUAUGAGGGUUGGACCCGAGCAUCUUUUAAGUUUGACUCUGCAGAAGCAUUUAGCACACACUCGUGGGGGCCAGCAUGGCCCACGGCAGCCCCACACAGCCGGUGGUCUCUGAAUCUCAGGAAAGCCAUGGACAGAAGAAAAAUGCAGAGAUUCUUUUCAUUUUCAUCCUGUUUUCAGAGAAGAGGUCUUAAGAGUUUUCCUUCAUCUUUUGUUUAGAGAAUAAAAGUUUCACUUGCUGCCAUUUCAGAAAGGUUAUUCCAUUCUGUGUUUUAUCUAAGCAGUUUUGAGUUAAGAACUGCCUGGGCAGUGUGCAUAUCAACUUUGUGGCAGAAUGAUGACAGAAUCAUUGCACUGUCAUGUUACUGGCUGAUCAUCUGUCCUGGUCACUGCUUCCCUCCACUUAACCAGUAUCCCAGGGGGCGUCUAGAAUGGUUCCGCCAUUGAGUCUAUGGAAGCUGACCUAUCAAAGGAGCAAACAUCCAGAAAAAUGUUUAUAAAGCAAAUGUAUUCCUUGUGUUUGAAGACUUGCCCAGAUGUUCCAGUUUUAAACAUAAAAAUAAACUGAGUUGCCAUGGCAAAAAUAUAAUGCACAAUUUACUUUUAAUUUUCCAUGCAGUAUAGCUUAAGAAUUUUUGACUUGAAAUAACCAAAGAACUCCUCCUUAACGAGACAGUUCAAAUUCCUGAAUUAGUAUUUCUUGACUAUCAACUUAAAGAAUUGACUUCCUAGUAAAAUAUUGCACUUACUUUUUCUUUCUGAAAUGAUUCUGCCUGCAUGUGUGUGUUGUGUUUUAGCUUCCCCCCACCCAACCCCCACCCCAAAGAACUUUUCUUCCUAAUGGUUAAUGUCUUCAACUUGGUUACUGUUUACUAUCAGAUGGUUUUUUCAUUAGUGAAUUUAGACCUCUUUGAGAAAGCUUGUAUAUAAAAAGUUAACAGAUAUAUUUUAUGGAAAAACCCAUCUUAUUUUCAAAUAUAUUUAACUGCUGUUAUAUUUUAUUAGAGGAAGGUUGUAAAUAUUUUCUAGGAGUUCUAUUGUAAAGAAAAGUAUUUUUGAAAAAAAUUAAUGUAAUAAAAAGGAAAACAUUUUUAAA